GGGGGAGCCGGCUGGGGGUGGUGAGCUGUGCGGCACAGCUCCGGCGGCCUCGGUCGGGGGCCUGAGCCCGCCUUGGUGCCGCUUAUUUUUUGCCUGUCGAAAAAGUGCCUGAAGGGAGUGCUCACCUUCUCUGUGGAAGCUUGAAAGGCUGGGCUGGGGGUCUCUUUGCAACUUCUGUGCUGCUUCAGCUCUGCUCCCUGUUUCCGCAGCCCCUGUGAAGCAUGUGUGGAAGGUCUUGGACUCGGUUUUGCUGUGUGCACCUCAGUGAAAGAGCCCUGCGCAGGGAGCCAUGGCAGGAGCUAUGGUGCGCAUUGGUGACCAGCUCAUCCUGGAAGAAGAUUAUGAUGAGACGUACAUUCCCAGUGAGCAAGAAAUCCAGGAUUUUGCACGGGAGAUCGGGAUUGACCCUGAGAAGGAGCCAGAGCUGAUAUGGCUGGCCAGGGAAGGCAUCGUGGCCCCGUUACCACCCGAGUGGAAGCCCUGCCAAGAUAUCACUGGUGAUAUCUAUUACUUCAAUUUUGCUAACGGCCAGUCCACGUGGGACCACCCCUGCGAUGAUCACUACAGAGAGCUUGUCAUUCAGGAGCGAGAGAAACUGCUGGCACGUGGCAGCAUGAAAAAGAAAGACAAGAAGAAGAAGAAAGACAAGAAAGACAAGAAGGAGAAGCAGUCACUGAAGCGACCCACCUCCUCAGGCACCCUGCUAACACCCGUCCAGGCGCCCCUGGGGAACCUCGCUCCACUGCGUGGCCUUGCGGCAUCUCCGGCUGGCAUCCUUCGCGGGUCGCUGAACUCGGAUGUGGGGAGCUCGGUGGACUCCAGCCUUGUGGCCAAAGUGGGGACUCAGCCUGCGGAGACAUGUAAGCCCACAAGCCAGACCAAGAAGUUGCUGGGCUUGGUCUGUGAAGAGAAGAGUUCCUUGAACACGGCAGCUCCAGAUAAAGGGAGAAACGAAGAGGGAGAAAGUGAGAAUGAGAGUCUCCAUGGGACAGCAAGACUGUUCAAAAACCUGCACGUGGAUGUCAGCGCCCUGGGAGGCAGCUUUGACUCUGAGGAAAACAGCAAAGCAGAGGAGGAAAACUGUGGCAGCCAGUUAGCUGAUGUUGCUGAAGCUGACCUUGAGCACCGAAGGAGUCCUGCAGAGGAGGCUGGCAGCCUGCGAGAGAAGGAGUCUUUAAAAUCAAGACAUGCUGAAGAAGGGCAAGAGUCUUCCCUGGAUUCUGAUGCUGCGUGCCCUCCAACUCCAGUUCAAGUCCUUCCUGGAGAUGCUGACAGUAGCCUGUCUGGCCAGAACAAGGAGGAGUCCGAUGGGAAACUCACUGGGAAUGAACUACUGGGCAAGCAAGAUGCUGAAGUGGAAGGUGACAUCUCUGCAGCUGAUGAGCUGCCCCGGUCUCUGGGGGAAAGGAGCGCAGCAGGGACAGAUGUGCCCAGUGGUGCUGGGCAACCUAGAGUUGCAUCUCCAGCUGCUGAAGCUGCUGAGGCAGAUCAGCUGGCAAGUGUGGCUGCCACUGUUGACACCGUGUCUGUUGGUGAAAAGAUAGUGAAUGAAGUGAGGGAAGAAGCAGCAGCUGAUGUGAAAACAGACAGCAGGCUGGAUGCUGGCGAACUUUCAAAGGCAUCCGAGACCAGUGACUGUGGGGAGGACUUGCAAGUCUCUGACCACUCGCUGAUUCAGCCUAUGGACUUGGGCUUCCAGAGUCGGCUUUCUGAGCAAGUACUGGAUGUGGGGGUUCUGUCUCCUGCUUUGGACAGCCCCACGUGCAAGGCUCAGGAGCUGGGAGAAGAGGAAAAAGACCAAAGCAAAGCCAGUAUAGAGGAAGAGCAAAGCAAAAGAACAAAAGCUGCUGAGAGUGAGAGGGAUCAAAGUACUUGUGAAAUGCCAGAAGAGAAGUGUUUUGCUUUAGAAAAUCCCGAUCGGGAGGAGGCUGUGGCCCAGGAGCCGGAGGAGGGAUCGCUGGAUAGCCUAAUCAAUUUGGAGGAGCUUGCUGUCCCACAGAAAGUGCAACCUGAGAAGGAAAUCAAACACGAGCAGUCGUUGAACCAGCCUAGUGAAGAAUCCUUGGAGGGAAUAGCCAAGGAGAUGGAGAUGGAGCUCGAGCAAGAGAAAAUGCAUUUGUUGCAAGCAAAGAAGGAGAAAAUUCAGCAAUUCCAGGAGGAGAUGAGGCAGCAGGAGGAGGAAGAAGCUGAGAAGCUUCAUCAGCAAAAAGAAAAAUCCCUCAGGACUCUGAAAGAAGAUUUGGCAAAGGUUUCUGAGGAGGAAGAGUUGCGUGUCCGAAAGGAAGAAACUGAGAGACUCGCAAAGCUGCGAGCCAAAAUCACGUCAGAGACCGAGGCAGAGAAGGAGAAGAUAAGGGCAGAGCAAGAGGUCAUGCUGCAGAAACUACGAGAGGAGUGGGAAUCCCAGCAGGUAAUGGAGAAGCAGAGCCUGGAGAGGAAGCAGCAGCUUGUUUUGGAGAAAAUGAAGCUGGAAAUGGAGGAAGCUCAGCAGAAAGAGAUGACUGAGCUGGAACAAGAGAAGGAACAAUUCCUGAGUGAGCUCAAGGAGAGAUUAGACAGGGAAAAGAAGAAGGCAGUAGAAGAGCUAGAGAAACAGUUUGCAACUGAACUCCAGCAGCUGAAAUCUGCAGCAGAAGAGAAGCAUCAUAAGGUCAUUUCCAGCCUGCAAACCCAGAUAGCAGAGGCACAGAGGAACGAGGAGGCUCAGCUGCGUGAAGACUUGCAGAGAGCAGAGCAGAAAGUGCAGCAAAAAGCAUAUCACGUAACGGAAUACGAACGCGAGCUCAGCGAGCUUAUGAGAGAGAAACGCCACGAAGUGGAAAAAGACCAUGAGAGGAAAAUGGAGAGGAUGAAGGAGGAGCACCAGGAGGUCCUAGCACAGAUUCAGGAUCAGUAUGAGGAGGAGGAGAGAAAGCAAAGAGCAGAGCUGUUUGAAGGCCUCAGAAGUGAGAUGGUACGCCUCCGACACCUUCACGAAGCUGAGGUGAAAGCUCUGCAGGCGGAGCUGGAUGAGAGGCUUACUGCACUGCGGCAGAGGCACAGGGAGAAGGAAAGAAAACUCCAGGAUUCGGAAAACGAGCUUGAAAUGCGCACAAAGAACGUAAAAGCCAGAUCAUUGCAGCUCCUUAGCCAGGAGGAGUCUCUGAGAAAGAAAAGGCAGCAGCUGCUGGAUGAAGACAGACGGACUGAGCUAGAAAGAGAUGAAGCUGCUUUAGCUUCUCAGCUCCGCCUGGAGGAGAACAGGAAGGAGCACGCCAGCCUCCUUGAGUCCAUCUGGCAACUGCGUAGGUCUCUUGAAGAACUCCAGGACCAGAAAGCUGAGCUGGAGGCCCAGGUGGACUUGUUGCAGACCCGAAGCCAGAGGCUGCAAAAACGCAUCAGUGAGCUGGAAGCAGUUGUCAGGAGCAAACAGGAGACUUUAAAAGAACUGGAGGCAGAAGAAAGUGUACAAUCUCCAAGAAGGAAAGCUGAGCUCCAUGUUGAAGACCUGAGAGAAACUAUUCAAGCUCACUUGUCCGGAGAGCCUGCUUCCCCACCCUCUCAAAGCCAUGAGGACAGUGACUUCCAGUUUGACCACGUCAGGAGCUACAUCUCUGCGGAAGGGAUCUCUAUCAGGAAUGCCAAAGAGUUCCUGGUGCGCCAGACCCGUUCCAUGAGGAAGAGGCACACAGCACUGAAAGCUGCAAAGCAGCAGUGGCGCCAAGAUAUGCAGAAAGCCCAGGAGGUGGUGCAGGAUCCCGACAGCUCCCAGCUCCUGGAGGGGGUGCGCAAGAACCUGGAAGAGGAAGCAAAGCAGUUGGACACAAUGAAGUUGGCUAUGCGGAAAGGACAGGUGCUGCUGAAGAAGAAGGAAGAGAAACUAAGCCAGCUGGAGUCCUCACUGCUGGAGGAGCUUUCAGAUGAAGAUACGCUGAAGAGUGCUGCAUGCAAGAAGGUGGUGACUUUUGAUCUCAGCAACUCUGAGGACACAAACAGCACAUCCAGUGUAAAUCUACGUCAGCCUAAAUUUGAUUUGACAACUGAUUUACGGCCUGCCCCCCAGCUGGACAAGAUCCAAUACUUGACAGACUCUCUGCAACAUAUCACUAGCGAGCUGAACGGGGUCCUUGGUGUCUUGGGCUCUCUGAACAAUCGCCAGUCUCCACUCUUCACCUCGAUGCCCUGCGACAGUGUCCCUCUGUCUACCUGUGCCUCCUUGGCAGGACUUCAGGCAGGUGGUUCCCUGGCACCCCCCGCCAGGGUGUCACUGGUGGACCAGUGGGCCUGGAGCACUGGGCUGAGCUCUAGCUGCUCUUUCACAGCUGGACAGUCAGUGGACAGCAUGCUGGCAGAGAAAUGGCACAAGUAUUUCCCAGGUGGGUUCCCGUUGCUCAGUGGAAGUUCCAGGCCUCUUGACAACAAGCUGGGAUACGUACCUGCGAAUGAGCAAAUACAGCUGUUCCAGCACUCCCAGUUCCAGAGCCAUGAGUCAGACAAGAUGAGUAUUCAAGGAAUGAUUGAGACCAACAAGAAAUGGCUAGAAGAUUUCAAGAGGGAUUCAAAAGUACCUCUCUUCCCAGGUGCACAGAAGCCCCCUGCCAGCAGCCCCAACCUACUUCAGCUAGGACUGGAUGAAAACAGACAAAUUAAAGUGUACCAUUACUAAAAGGUGGGACUGAAGAGAUGGUGGUGGGGGCCCGUGCAGUCUCCCUAGUGAUAUGUUGGGUUUCAGUGAUGCCCAGCCAUCUCAGCUGCGUCUUUGUGCUGUGCCCUUGAAAUAAAGUCUUUUUACAAGCGAGUGGAGAAAGGAAGAAAUUAACUUCCCAGGUGGAUUCUUCUAAUCCCGUAAUGUGUCCAAAUAUACUUUAUAGACUGUUUAAUCCAGUGGUGAAAUAUCAGGGCUUCAAUAAAUCAACAGUUCUCUCAUUAGUAUUCUAGCAAUCGUGAGCCAGAGCUGUGAAUCAUGGAGGACUUUGAGUAACUGGUCAAGGGGGAGGAUGCGAAUCCAGCUGAGACUCUGCUAGAGGAAAUGUGUCAGGAAAUGAGCCCACACUGAUGCCCAGCCAAUGCUUAAUUGCAGGUGGGCCAAGUCAUCUGGCCUCUGGCACGUGUGGGAACAGGGGAGAGCGAACAGUGAAAUGGCUAUAGAGCAUGGGGACAGGCUUGGGGAAUGGCAGAUUCUGACUCUCGGGAAAUGUUCCUCUCUUUUGGGGUGGAAGCAAUAGGAGCUAAGCCAGGAGUGGCUUUUCAUGGCAGAUUUGGAAUAGAGCUCCCUGCUUCCUCUUUCUGCCACACCAACCAGAGCUGUGCAGCGUAGCUGCACUAUGGGACCUCUUCUGCGUUACUAAUGUGCCAAUGGCAAUGCGGAGUGGGGAUGGCAAGAGAGUGUGGGGUGGUGUCUGCUGGUGCAGGUGCUGUGAAGGAACUCGUCCUACUGUGAAUGUCAAGACAAAGCCCCACCUGUGUCCUUCCAUGCCCUGGGGAGAGGGAUCUGGAGCUUGGCUCAGCAGCUGGGGUCUCCUUCCACACAGCAGGGCUGGGGAGGCAGAUGGGAGCCCUUGGUGCCCAGCCUGGAGCCUGGUCUUGCUGCUCCUGUGGCAGCUCUGCUGGGCUCCUGGGAAAGCAGGUCUCAGGAGGUGGUGAAAUGGGCUCUGCAUGGCCAGAAACCUGGCUGAGGUGUUGGGAUGUUCUUGGACAUCAGCUGCAAGACAGUGGCUCGUUGCUUUGCUCACCAGGUGGCUGCAGUGGUGUUCCUCUGCAGAGGCUGUAUCCAGAGCACAUCACCACCCUGCCGGGGUGCAUGGAGCUGGGAGGGGGCAGCGGGUGCUGCUCUAACCGAUGGAGGGAAAUGGGACUCAGCUUUCGUACUGCUGAGUGGGAAAUGUGGUAUUUGGUUGUCUUUGUCAGUAUUUCCUCCAAGCUGACUUUAAAUAUUUUAUGCUUUAAAAAAUGCUGAACCACUUGCCAUUUUGUCUGCGGAAGAAGCCUGCACUUCAAGGGAUCCCAUCUGUGAGAAAUCGUCUUCAAAGCCGUUCUCCUUAGAGACGGCUGAUGCAGGGAGGCUGGGAAAGCUGCUGCUCUGCACCCUUUCGUGCUGUUUGUGUUCCUCAGAGUGGCUAAUGAUGUGCAGCAGAGUAAAGCAGAACCCCCUCCUGCUUUGCUUCCCGGGUGUUGUGUACUGGCACAACACCACAACAGCUCACGCUGUGAGUGUGGCAGGGGAACGUUUACAUGCAAAUAGAAAUAUAUUUUUGAUGAACAUCAUUUUAAAACUCAAUGUCUGUAUAUAUUUUUUUUGCUGAUUUGCCUAGAAUUUUUUUAAUUACUCGGCCAGCCUUUGUCCUAGGACAGCUUGAUCCUCUGGUCAAGUCUGUGUUCUCCCACCUUCUGGUUGCUAACGAAGCACAGCGUAGUCCUUCUGCAGGCACUGCCGGAAGAGAAUGUCCCACUGGUGUCCUUGCUGAGGAAAUCCUAGCUAGCUCUUACCAGUGCUGGCUGAGUGGGGGGACCUCAGAUGCCCACAGUUACCGAUUUUAGAAGGGACCCUAUGGUUCUGGCUUUCUUGUGGCAUGGGGAGGCUGUCAGCCUGGUGGAUGCUGUGCCCAAAGCCACAUGGCUGAGUCCAGUCUGUGUGUUCAGAGAAACAUGUAUUACUAGUGUGGAGAAAUGCCUGUUUUCAUAGCAAUAACCUGGUUUGAGACAUGCUCCUUUUUCCUGUUAAAACCUGUGAGAGCAGCUGUAUCUGGUGGUGUAUGCAAAUUAAAUCAACAUGAGCCUGUUUUGUAUGAUGGUGAUGUUUGUAGCUCUAUUUUUUCUUGUUGAGAUGUUCUGUUGUAGGCCUAGAUAUCCAGCUUGUACUUACCUUUCACAUCUUCCCUGUGUCUCUCUGGGCUGUUUCAUGUUUUGUCUUGUCAAGGUCAUGUCUGGCAAUUUCCAAGACCACUUCAGCUCACUGUGGCUUUAUUACCAUUAUUCUGUUAACUAUCUGGCCAGGGUAGCAAAUGCAGGGGCAGUUAGAAAGCUAAAAAACAGAACUACAAAAGCAAUUCUUCAUGGGGCUUUCAGCCAGCAGGACAGCUUUUCAUGGACUCGUAUCCUGCCCUUUUCAUAAAACUGUCAUCCAGUCUUGUUAAAACAGUUGCCUCGCUCUGGAGCUUUAUGUCAAGGUUGGAGGACAGGCUGUGUGCAGGAGUGGUCCACGGCCGGCUUGGCUGGGUGCCCAGGGAGGGGCUGCCUGCGGGAUGGGUGAAGGUGUGGGGGUCUCUGCCAGAGCAGGUGGGGAGCUUUCCCUGGGAAACGGGAAGAACUGCGUUGCACUGGCUGGGAACAGGGCUUUGCUCCGGAAUGUCUCUCCGGCAACUCGGGAUGUGUUAAAAUUGGCUAACUCUGCAGAUUGGCGGUUGCUACUGACUUCUCCAUUUGUUUCGGAGCAGAUGGGAAUUUUCCCCCAAGUGGUGGUUCAGGUGCUGCUGCUGCAGCAGUGUGCUUGCUGGAGUCCUGCCCGUGGGCUCACCAAACAACAGUCUUGCCAGAAAUUAGGGAGGAUUGGUGACGUGCUGUUCUCUUCUCAUGGCUUGUUCCUUUCCUCUUCUUGCCUCCUUCCAGCAGCCCUGGGACACCCACAGCAGCCCUUCCCAGCUGUGCAUGUUUGCCCCUUUGGGAUUUUUUCCCUUUAAGGUAGUCUCUCAUGAAAGACUUGGCUUCUCCUGGGUCUCCAAGCACUGCUGCAAAGGCUGCGUCUGUCCAAAUGGGGCAUUCGCCGCAUGUGUCCUGGCUGGGGACUCUCCAGCGCUGAGAGACUGCAGAUGGGUAAUGUGGCCAGUGACCACAAGGAUGCGGAGAGGGGAAGUUCGGCACCUGCCCUUAUUUUUCCAGCUCUGAUUCUUCUGCACAGUGCAUAGCUCGCCAGAAAUCCUAGGUUCAGGUGGAUGGGGAUGUGGGGACUCUGGGUGAUCACGUGAUCUGAGCUACUGGUACAACAGAAAAGCCAAACGUGGUUCGAGGAUGCGUGAGGCACAUGGACACGUGCAGGGUCUGGGACGCUACUGUGCAAGGUUGUGGUCUGCCUGCGGAGGGAGGGCUGGAAAGGAAGGAGUGUGACUGCUGCUCUACAUGCUGGGGAGAUGAAGGCUGUUGGAGCUGGAGGCCUGAUGAGGCACAGGAAGAACAAUACGUGGAUCAGCUGGUCACACAGAAAUGGAGGCUGAUGGUUAGAGGCACAUCCUUACAAACAAAACAGAAACCACCACCAAAACUUGAAUCACCCCCAUUCUUGCUGUGCAUGAUCUGCACUUGGGUGUCUUUGCCUGCUGGAGAGCUGCAAUAAGAACUACUGGAGGAGGUCUCUGACGGCAGUGCAUGCUGUCCAGGUAGGUUCUUUUAGGGGCAGGUCCCCCACCCCACUCCCGAGGCAGCUGCUGUGCAAAGAGCACGGGGCAGCUCUGAGAAAUACAGUCUGAACUGUAGGUGCGUGCUAGCUGUGGGAGGCUUAGCUGUAAUCCUGCUGAGAAGCGGUCCCGAGCCCAGGAGGUCUGCCCCAGCUCAUGGGUCCGAGGUGUGGGGUCUGUGCCUGCAUGUCCGUGCGCACUGGCCUGCGUAUGUACAUAGAGAAGAGGAUUUGCUUUUCCUGGAACGCCAGUACCGUAUAUGUUGGAGAAACUCAGUGAUUAGAAGAGCAAAAGGACAGUGCACGAUUACUUUGCCAAGAGGAACGCGAGCCGUAAGCUCAUUAAGGGGCUUGGUCUCUGCCUGCCGAAGAAGGGACGCUUUAGUCCCUGGCUAUUUGGAGACCACUGUGCAUUGCUCCGAGAGCUUUGCCUUCCCGGGACGGAGGGAGCCCCUCGGCCACCCCAGCCAUGCUGGCGACCCUGAUGACAGCACUGUUCUUUGUGGUGAGAGCAUUUGGGCAGCUCGGGACCAGCUUGUUUCACGAAGAGCCCCUGCCGUACCUUGUGUACCAGCCCCUGCCCUGGCAGAUCCAGUGUGUGACACAGAGCCGCCGCACCAGCCGGGACAGCGAGAAAGGCAGGAGCUCUCGUCAUAACAGCAUCUACUCAAUUUCUGGAGAGAAAGGCAAUGUGACCCCCGACACCAGCAGCGAGAGCAAGUUCUUCAGCGAUCCUUCCGAGAAGGCGGCCGUCACUAUCCAGACCCACUUCAGGAGAUACCAGCAGCAGAAGCAGGAGAAGAAGUAGACGUGUCGGCCACCUGUGCCCUGCACUGUCCCUCCUUUUUGUCUGCUUGGUAUCCCAGAGAGCUGUGCGGCCAUGGUGACUGUGAACCUGCUCCCUAAUAAUGUAGCUUCUGGUGCAUGUGCAGCUGUAGAUACUCUGCUGUUCGUGUUGGUUGCCACUCAGAGCGAGAUCUCUUUCCUGGUCAGUCCUUCCCCAGACAGCAUUGCCUUGUGGGCCAGGGUACCACCGGCGAGGGGCUGUUUGGGACCUCAGUGCCCAGGGAGUGGCACAGCAUUUACAAGCCUUUCCUUGGUGGCAGCACCCAGAGCUGUGUGGUGGCUGGCCCUUGGGCCACAGCCAGUUUAAGUCCCAGCACCUGUGUCAGGGGAGCAGGGGGGGUCCUGUACAGCUGAUGGUGAUUGUGGCUGGCUGGCUGCUCAGCUGAGGCUGGCUUUGCCCAGCAAUAGCCCUCCCCUGUGCCUCCACCUCCGUUCUGCCUCUGGAGCUGGGGUGGAACAACUGCCCUUGUCCCCUGCUCCAGGUGGCUGGCUGGCUGAGCUGCUGAGCAUGACGGUGUCCAGGAGCUGGCCCGGAGUGGGAUGGCACUGAAGGGGGUAUGCCGCAGGCAGCCAGGGUGGUAGGAGCUGAGCUGUGCUCUGACUGUGAGCUCAUCUUACUUUUCUUGGGUGGGGGGAGGGAGGGAACUGCUUGGGGUGCCUUGGUUUCAGAGCAGGGAUGGGGUGGACUCUGUCUCCUGUGGCUGCAUGUGCGGAGGCUGAACCUGCUCUCUGCUGGGUCGGGCUCCUUCCUGAGACGGCCCUCUGCUAACUCUGGCAUUUGGGUUAGUGCCCGCUGUCCCCCAGCCACCCUGUCCUGGUAUUUUGGCCCAGCAAAGCUGAACAGAGACCUGCUCCCAGUCCAGCAGGGGCAGGACCCCAAGAUUGUCUUGGGUUUUAACACCCGUUUUCAAGUGCUGGCUUUUGGAGGGUGCAGAGUUGUUGAGAGAGAGGGAAUACAAAAGCACCAAGCUCUGGGCCAGCAGAAACAGGAGGAAGUUUGCAGUGAGGAGGUGCUGUGUGCUGUCCCAUGGCAGGUGCUCUGUGGGAAGGAGCAGGGCGCAGAGGAGCUGCUGGCUGUGAAUGGUGCUGCUCUGACUGCUUGAGUGUGGUCUCCACUGCUGCCUUGCUGGGUCUGAUGCUGGCUUUUCUGUGCAGAGCUAUGCCCCUGGAGCCCUUUCUGUCCUCUCCAGCUGCAAAUGUCCUCAGUGCUUCUUACAAGGGCUCCAUCCCCAGCUGCCCCUACUUACCUUUGGCUUGUGAGCGCUGGCAUUUGGUGUCUGGCUUCUGCUUGUGCUCAGUUACUGCCUGCCGGUUGUGGUUGGCAUCCAGCGCUGCUCUUGGCUCUUCUCUGGAGGUGCUCUGGGAGAGCAGGGCUGGUAACGGUUUGGUCUGUUGCUCUGCGGUGGUGUGAGCCGCCAGGCUCUGCCACAGGCGGACUGAGCUAGCUGAUGCCAGGAGGUGUGUGGUGCAUGUAGUGUGGUGUCUGGGGCUUUGCCUGGAGUGCUGGGCGAGGCAGCUGGUAAAGCAGACCUAAAACCAAACCGGCUCUUUGGAUUUCUGAGCCUGAUGCUUUUUUGCCUGCUUCCUGUUGAAGGCAGAGUUUGGCUAGCGUGGCUUGACUUGACUGUCCUCCUUCAAGUCCCGGUUCGUUACUGUGUGCAGCAACGUGGAGAGAACCCGCUGCCAUGGUGAAGAGCAGUGGGCUCACGGGUGAGUGCUGGAAACUUGGACUUUGUUAAACUCUGCAAGGCCAGCGUUUGGAACUGCUGGGGAAGGGAAGGUGGAGAAUGCUUGCUAAGAUGUAGAAGGAAAUCUGUACUAGCCAAUUACAAUAAAGACGUAUUAAUCUGUGUUAA